AUUUUUUGGUCGCGCGACUGCAGUCGCAAAACAGUUUAACCAAUCAGCGAAGACCAGAAGUGACGUCAGUCUUUGUUUACAUCCGGUCUCCUCGUAUGUUUUUUUUUUUCCUCGUUGCGCUUGCCUACUGCCGUGAGGUACGAACGACACGUACGUUCCUCCAUGGAUUCUUCCUCGCAUCAGGCGAAUGCCACCACGGCCAGCUUUGGGUAGUCGGCCGAGCUCCUCAUCGACGCGACUAAAAUGUACCCAUAUCUGUAUGACAAGCGGCACCCUUCUUUUAAAGAUCGGACAAAGAAGGACCGGGCUUGGGCAGAUCGAAGCAUGUUCGGCAUGUCGAGUGUCCUUGUUGAGAAACGAUUUAAGAACCUGCGUGAUAUCUUCAAAAGGAAACAACACGACAUACGUGAAAAAACAAAGAAGUGGAGCCGGAGCAGCCGACAUUCCAACAAUAAAAUGGCCCCAUUUUGAGGCCAUGCUUGAAUUAAUGGAAGGAGAGUCUGAGCCUGUGGCCAGCCACAUCACAGCAGAAGAGGCUAACGAGAGAUCACCGCCUCGGCCAAGACAUGCAGCGGAACCGGAACGUACCCCUGAUACGGCUGAGGAGACUCGUGUCGACACCUGCAGCAAUGAGUAUCUUACAGGCCCUUGGUUAGGGCAUUGAGUAAGGGGGGCUAACAAAGACAUGUACAACAAGUAAAAG